AUGACGACUUUUACAUCACUCUCCAAGGACCAUGAGGGCUCCCCAUCGAUUUCUUUCAAUCCAGAACACACAAUAGCAGAUAUCAAUCCCCUCAUUUAUGGCGGCUUCACCGAACAUAUGGGCCGUUGCAUAUACGGUGGAAUCUAUGAGCCAGACAACAAUCACGGUCUUUCAGACGAGAAUGGACUGCGAACUGAUGUUAUGGAAUGCAUCAAGGAACUACAAGUUCCUGUUGUGCGUUACCCUGGGGGCAACUUCUGCGCCACCUACCGCUGGCAAGAUGGCAUCGGUCCCAGGGACAAACGUCCCAAGAGGCCAGAGCUUGCCUGGGAGGGAACGGAACCCAACACAUUCGGCACCGACGAAUUUAUGGCUUGGUGCAAGGAAGUGAGAGCGGAGCCCUAUCUGUGCUUGAACAUGGGAACCGGGACUCUCGAAGAUGCUCUUGCGUGGGUUGAGUACUGCAACGGUAGCAAGGACACCUACUACGCCAAUCUGAGACGGCAAAACGGCCACGAGGAGCCCUACCGUGUCAAGUACUGGGCACUUGGUAAUGAGAUGUGGGGUCCAUGGCAAGUCGAGCAACACACAAAGGAGGACUACGCCAAGAAGGCUGUACAAUGGGCUCGAGCUCUUAAACUACUCGACCCCUCCCUUCAAUUAAUUCUUUGUGGAAAAGAUGGAUACUCUGACUGGGAUCGAUAUACCCUCCAGCAGUGCGUCCGGUGGGUAGACAUGCACUCCAUCCAUUACUAUUCCAUGGGCAAGGGGCACUAUACCAACAUCUCGUCGGUUUACGGCGCUGAGCGAGCCAUCCAAGUGUGCUCAUCACUCAUCGACCUCGCGAGGUGCGAGUUUGACAUGUCUCCAUACCCAGAAAGGCCCACUAUCUGCUUCGACGAGUGGAACGUUUGGGAUCCUGAGCGAGCGCCUGGAAAUAAGGGAGGUGAGGAGCAGUACAAUUUGAGCGAUGGCUUGGCUGUGGCCAUCUGGCUCAACGUCUUUAUUCGCAACUGUAAGGAACUUGGUAUGGCCACCAUUGCCCAGAGUGUCAACGUCAUUGCGCCUCUCAUGACAACCCCCCAGGGAGUGUGGAAGCAGACAACAUACUUCCCUCUCCUGCUGUUCUCCAAAUACAUGCGUGGCAAGUCUGUUGCGGUUCAUGUUCGGUCAGGAACGUAUCAGGGGCCAACAUGGCCUGAGUGGAUUCAGAGCACUUGCGUAGUGCCCAAGCUUGAUGCCAGCGCGACCGUCGAUGAAGACGGAUGGAUGAAUGUUGCUGUUGUCAACUCGGAUGAGGAGCAGACCCUAUCAACUAAACUUGAUGGUAUCAAGGUUGGCACAAAGGUUCAAGUCUUCACCGUUGGCGGAGAGAGUUACCGUGCCUCUGACGUCAAUUCCGCGGACGAUGAGAGAAUCGGCAUCCGCGAGACAACGUGGACUUCUGGAGAAUUGUUUCAAUUUGAGCGGCUGAGCUUCACCCUUUUGCGAUGGAAGCCAUGA